UACUGGAAAUUCUCCUUAUCAAGGCAAAGACUUGAAUAUUCACAUAAGUCAAAAGAGACAUGUACAGUGUGAAGGUACCGCACAGGUCUUAUGUACAAGCUUCACACACACAAGACUGAAGUGUGUACAUGCAUACAUUUUCGUCAGCUUUUAUUCUGAAGUUUUUUUUUCCGGAAGUCUAACCUCGAGCGUCGCCUAGGCCUGUGUGUAGCUCCAAACAAGUUGUGUUUAACUUGUUCUGCCCAAUAUUUUUCAGGCAUGCCUCGGGUCUAUGUUGGCAAACUUAGCUACCAUGUUCGAGAGAAAGAUAUUCAAAGGUUUUUUAGUGGCUAUGGCAAGUUAUUAGAGAUCGACCUGAAAAAUGGGUACGGCUUUGUCGAGUUUGAGGACAUGCGAGAUGCUGAUGAUGCUGUGUAUGAGCUGAAUGGAAAGGAACUUUGUGGAGAGCGGGUCGUUAUCGAGCAUGCCCGUGGACCCAGGAGAGACGGAUAUGGCUAUGGGGGACGUAAAGGUGGAGGCUACAGCAGUUGGAAUCGCACCGGCAGGGAUAAGUACGGGCCACCUGUUCGCACUGAACACCGCCUCAUUGUGGAGAACCUGUCCAGCAGGUGCAGCUGGCAGGACCUUAAGGACUUUAUGAGGCAGGCGGGUGAAGUAACCUAUGCUGACGCUCAUAAAGGACGGGCCAACGAGGGCGUCAUCGAAUUUCGUUCCCGUUCAGACAUGAAACGAGCUCUGGAAAAACUGGACGGCACUGAUAUUAAUGGAAGGAAGAUUCGUCUGGUGGAAGACAAACCUCGCCGCCGACGCUCAUAUUCUGGCAGCAGAUCCAGGUCUCGUAGCAGACGGCGCUCUCACAGUCGCAGAAGUAGAAGCUCGUCCAGGUCCCGCUCACGGUCUCGGUCACGCAGCAAAGGGCGAUCUCGCUCCAGGUCAGAGGGGAAGUCGCAUUCCAGAUCCAAGAGGAAAUCCCGUUCUAAAUCCCCAGAGAAGUCUCGUUCUCGCACUCGCAAAUCUCACAGUCCCUCCAAGAGCAGCACUCGGAAGUCUCGCUCCAAGAGCUCAUCCAAAGUCAAAGCCACGCGCAAAUCCCGGAGUCGUUCCAAGGAGAAGUCGUCCAGUAAGAAGUCACGAAGCCGAUCAAGGUCCCGUUCAGAGAGUAGGGGAGAGAAACAUACCUCCAAAUCACCCCCGAGCAAGGAGGCAUCCAAGUCCCCUGCCAAGCGCUCCGCCUCCCGCUCCAAGUCUCGCUCUCGAUCCAGAUCAGCCUCGCAGGAUUGAUUGGAUCUCUGACAAUCUCAGGCCUGUCUGAGGUGUUUACAGAAGCAGAAAGGUUUCAAUCUUCUGGCACAAACUGGGAGGCUGUGAAAUCUAUAAAUCUGUCUUUUCUUGACAGUCUUUUUUUUGUUUGUUUCUUUGUUUGUAUUUUCUGUUAAAUUAAAUAGUUAUUAGAUGAAACUAAUGAAACUCUUUACGUGACAGUAUUUCUCUCUUUAGUGAAGUCCAAAUGUACAAUUUGAGUCGAACAGCUGACAGCAGCAGCGAAACUUGCUUCAUAUUUUUUCAGUCCCAACUAAUACUUUUGUUUGUAAUGAAUACAUUUGCAUGGUUUGUGAUGGUUGUUUUUUUUUUAGCUGUUUGCCUUUUAAAGUCCCCAGUCAUUUUGAAACAGUCUACAUCAUUUAUUUGUAAUGUUAUAUUGUAAUAAAAUAACAGAAUAAAAAGAA